AUGCUGAUACAGUUCCUGGAGCAGCACCCGUACCUGGGGAGAUCUUGCACGGAGGUCUCCCCGCGUAUGACUGCUGCUCGAAAGAAGCAGCUGUGGCAAGAAAUCGCCACGCUGCUGAAUCAGCAGGGGCCCGCGGUUAAAUCGCCACAACUAUGGCGUAACCACUGGGCGAAGAUGGUCUGCGGCGCGCGAAAGGAGCUCGCGAGAUCGACAAGCGAGAGAAACGCCACGGGUGGCGGCAGGGUUGGCGACGUUGACGGCCGCGUCUUAGAUAUCCUUGAGAGGACCGGCGCAGUGGUCACCACCCCGCCCGAGUAUUACCCCGUUCCCGACGUGGAAACUGAGGUCGAGGUGGGAACCUCCCGUGCAGCUACUCGUGCAGUUCAACGGGGGCCGAGCGACGUUGACCUGCAACCAGUACCCCUCCAGCCACAAGUGCCGCAGCCCGGACCAUCGCAGCCGCAGCCCGGACCUUCGCAGCCGCAGCUCGGACCUUCGCAGCCGCAGCCCGGACCUUCGCAGCCGCAGCCUGGACCUUCGCAGCCGCAGCCCGGACCACAGCCUCAACCUCGCCGAAGACAGCCCAGGCAGCUGGAGGAAGCUGUGUGCCGGGCUACGGCUGAGUACGUGCGGCAGGGCCAGUGUGCUGAUGCGAGGGCCCUGGCAGACCGCAAGUUCCACCACAAGAUGUUGGAGCAAAACCGGCGUCAUCACGAGGCCCAGAUGGCCAGCCAAGAACGGCUGGAAAACCAGCUCUGCCGCCUGACGGAAGAGGUGGGCCGGCUGCGCCACGUUCAGCAGCAGCGCCUCGACCAAGAGCGCAGGGCGAACGAAUGUACCCAGCGCCUGCUGCAGCAACUUUUGGAGGCCCUGGCCGGUGGGGCUGCACUAGUCACUCGCCCACCUCAGCCUCCUAGCGCCUAAAUUUUUAUGAUAUAUACUGAGUAUGUACAGUGCAAUGAAACGAAGGCAAGAGAAACACGCAAACGACAUAGACUGGCACUGACUUCCAACUGAAUUAUUGAAAAGCAUGAAGCCCGCUUUUACGCAUGUGCACAUCUUAUCAGCAACUGAAACGAGUCAUGGGUGAGCAUACAUCUCUCUGUCACUUAGAUACACGCUUGGCGUAAUUACACACUUGAUACCGGAUUUCCUAAUGUGGGCUGCCUCGAAGUGCAUUUACACUUGUUGCAGUGAUAUGCAAGAUGUCCGCCUGAAUUGUUUUUUUACAAAAAAAAUACUCUUGUGCUCUGAUGUUGAAACGUAGCCCGCCGGCCCAAUGUACUCUUUUCCACAGCGGAGUGGCAUCUUGUAUAGCACGUGAGGCACACAAUCGGUGUAACCAUGAGCAUGCUUCUUCGUGCAGGAUUUUUUCUAUUCUUUGGUGAGCAUAGGGCAAAUCUGACCUAACUUACAUGGCGCAGAAAACACCACUUUCACACCACAUUGCAAUCUUAAGAAGAUCACCCAAAGGUACGACGUCAAAGUGGUGUUUUCUGCGCCUUGACUCGUUUCCCAUGACUCGUCACCCAUGACUCGUUUCAGUUGCUGAUAAGAUGUGCACAUGCGUAAAAGCGGGCUUCAUGCUUUUCAAUAAUUCAGUUGGAAGUCAGUGCCAGUCUAUGUCGUUUGUGUGUUUCUCUUGCCUUCGUUUCAUUGCGCUGUACAUACUCAGUAUAUUCAACACAUGUACCAACCAUCAACGGAUCCUUCUAGCAUAAAUUUUACGAAGGAAUGAAUUUUUGUCACUUUUUUUUUCUUGGCACACUUGCCCAUCUACCACUGAUGGUAUGAAGCCCCAGUAUCUGUAACAUACAACAGUUCUUUAUGUCACCAUUUCAUUAAGGCACAACUGCAACAUUUUAGUACAGUAGACUCUCAAUAAACGAAAAUCUCUUAAAUGAAACUGCUGCUUAAAUGGAACAACUGCCUCUAACAUGAUUGGUUUUGUGCUUGAAUUCUGCACCCCUUUUCAUCUCUCAGUAAACGAAACUCCUGUUAAAUGAAACAUAUUUUCCUGGUCCCUUCAGCUUUCGUUUAACAGGAGUCUACUGUAAUGCCCAGCAGGAGUGUCCAAACUGCAAUGCUGUACCACCAGCUGACAGUGGACGGCAAAUUGAAAGGUGUCUCAUUGUUCUAAUUCUACAUUACUCAUGACGCCUCAUGGCAAGUCUUUUGCAUUUUAAUCUUGUCUCACGAAAUGGCAACAUUGCUUUCUUCAGUGCAAUGUCUUCAUAGGCUAAAUGUGUAAGAAGCGUUCACACAAAAAAAAAAUCUUGUGACAAAAAUUCCUUCCUUGUGUUCCUUCCCUGCAUUCAUCUAGUCUCAUCUAUGUAAUGUGUUGAGGCAGGAAAGUGAGAUUGUUUUUUAUAUUUUGUUCAUUCUGUGUAGUUUGACGACUUCAUAACUUGUCCCUUGCGUCACAUUAACCCGGCGCAUGGUGAAUGCAUGUUUUCUUUGUUUUCAUUGUAUGAUUUUUUAUUUUUUAAUUGACACAAUGUUAUAGGAGUUGCACAUGCCUUCUCUUUUACUGUGACGUGUAUUUUUGGAUACAGCAGGCUGUGAUCCCUUUACUGUUUUUUUUAUGUGGUUCACAUUGAAUGUAACCUUUAUGUGCAAUAUUGCUCAUUUAUAAAAAAUGUGCACUCACUGCUUACUUUUGCAUGUGGAGGCGCAAUCAUUUCUGCCAGUAAACAAUAGUUUCUAUGCAUUUAAAUUCCAAUUAAGGUGACUUCCAGAUGAGCAACUUUCAUGAAAAUAUGUACCUCGCUAGUGGCAAUACACAAUAGACUUAAGAAACAUUGUUUCACGUUGUGCGAUAUCAACAAAGCAUACCUUUGCACUUUGUCUUCGGGAGGGAAGUCAUGGCAAUGUGAUAUGCUGUAUGCUUCCCUGCAUUGCAGGAAUGCGAUGUUUCGAGUACUUUCACUGUUUCACGUAGGAGAUACAGCCGUGACCACAUACUGGUGGUAGGACACUGUUACGUAAAGUCAACUUAACAGUGUUUUUUUAAUAGAUUACGGUCAAUUACUCAUGUACUGUGAUGCAUGUAAACAUUUGGACGUUUUUUUUUGUGUGCUCUUGUCAUCAGCUGCAUGAAAGGAACAACCAGUGAAACGUUAUCUGCCAUUAGUGGUACAUUAUUACAAGCAAACGCGGUUCAUGGUAUCGUGUUCACAGCUACUGUUCUUACAAGAUGUACCAUAUUGUGUGACAUCCAAUGCAGUUUCCAUACAGUAGUUACAUUAUUGUAUAAACAGAAUGUGUUGCUUGAAUGAAUUGUUCCGAGGAAAAAAAGGAAUGCAUAUUUAUGCAAGAAAUAAAACAUCAACAUUGAGGGCUUUUAUUUGCGCAUAUGAUGCUGGCUUGCAUUGUACAAACUGUGCAGACACAUUACACAGCUCUUUUUACAAGUACGGACAGGUUGUGUGCAUUCAUCAACAGUGAAAUAUUUCCUUUUGUCACGCGAUUAGGGUGCACGUACCGGGGUUCCUCGUUUGCAGGGUUUGUACGGGAAGUAUUGGAAGCAGCACAAGCAUCAAAACGAAAUUUAAUAUCUGGACACACCCUGUGUGCAUGCUAUGACUGCUACUACACUUUGCAUCUUGUACUUGUGCUGUAACUAGAAAAUUCCAAGUUACUGAGUACCGUUAUUCCAGUACAGGCACUUUACGUUCACGUUAUGCUCAUUGGUAAUUUCACUUUUCUGCAUAUGACUGCACUUAAAGUGAGGCAUGUUCUCUGGCAUGGCAGAUAAUGAAUUUCAACAGCAUUUCUGCCUCUUGAACACUGUGCGAUGGUUGUGUGGUCAACUGACAUAGGAACUGGAAGUGGAGUGAACGACGACACUUCUAAAGGAGCGGAAGGUGUUGUGUGCGUUGCAUUUUUGUGCGAUCGGAGGCUUCAAUGCUUCCAUAGGGAGUGAAAAGACAAAUAGGAAUGGAUGUCAAUGAGCACUGCAAAACGACAGCAUACAGCUAUCUCAGGUGGGACAAAAGAAAUGCAGAACAUACCUACAGGCAGAACAAGUUGUUCGCCAUCUCAUUCACAGCAGCAAAAAUUCUAACAGCUACGUCACAAUCGCUCGAAUGCCAAGACAAACGAGAUACCUUUCAUAUGUAAAAAAACAACAACAUGGUUGCAUUUCAGUGGAUAUUACAGGGCAAUGGCACAUACUCGACAGCAGCAGCAGCAUCAUCAAAGGGGCUACAUUUCGUUACUAAGCAAUGAAAACUUUCGAAUGUAAAAAAAAAGUAACAUUGCAGUGCAUGCUAUGCAACACAAUUCAGCCACAUUGCUUCACCCAUCACACAGUUGUGAAAAGAAGUCGCCAGACAAAAUAUUGGCGCGUAAAAAACAACACAGCUUUUAUCCCACCCUCAGCAGCAAGCUUAACACAUGAAAUGUUGUAUGGAUAUGACCACGCUCCAGUGCAGUGUAUGUUCAUACUCUUGUUUUACACUGGCUUUUCUGCAAGAAUGCAUAUGUUCUCUUUUCAUCCCAAUUCUUGUACCAUGCCUGAAAGAGGUCACACAUCAACGCAGUAAUAAUAUGUGUAAAUCAAUUAUUUGACAUCUCUUAAAUACACACUACUCCAACUGCUGCAUUACGCAUCUACCAGCGAUGCUGUUGGCGUCGCAACCGCCGGCGCACCCUCCUCAAGUACUCGUAGUGCUGCGCACGGGUGGUGCCAAAGCGCGCAAUGACACCGUCCCGUAC